UUGUAUCACGGGAGAGAAGUCGUAAAGAACAAUAGCCGUUGGUGGAAAAACAUCAACAGUAUACAUGGCUGUGUUUACGAAGUUCUUGAACUGUCGUACAACCAGCUUGAUACUCCGUUUGAUGUUACUGUUACUUUUGCCGUUGAGAACGAAGGGCUUGGUGAAACUGCCACCAAAUAUUUCAAUUCCCGCAGUAAUAGGUUUCGGAGAUUCGAUCAUUGACCCCGGCAACAACAACAAGGUUAAAACGCUGGUGAAGUGUAACUUCCCUCCUUACGGUAAAGACUUCGACGGAGGAAUUCCAACCGGUCGAUUUUGCAACGGAAAAAUUCCAUCGGAUUUGCUAGUUGAAGAACUGGGUAUCAAGAAGCUUUUACCAGCUUAUUUGGAUCCAAAUCUCAAGCCAGACGACCUUCUCACCGGAGUGUGCUUUGCUUCCGGUGCUUCCGGAUACGAUCCUUUAACGCCAAAAAUAGCGUCGGUGAUAUCAAUGUCCGAACAACUAGAAAUGUUCAAGGAAUACGUAGAGAAGCUGAAACAAAUUGUUGGAGUGGAUAGAACCAACUUCAUCUUAGCAAACAGUUUUUUCCUUGUGGUAGCUGGAAGUGAUGACAUUGCAAACACGUAUUUUGUCGCUCGCGCUCGUCAAUUACAGUAUGAUAUUCCUGCUUACACAGAUCUCAUGUGCAAUUCCGCUUCUGAUUUCGUGAAGGAAUUAUAUGGACUCGGAGCACGAAGAAUCGGAGUAUUAAGUGCACCACCGAUCGGUUGCGUUCCGUCGCAAAGAACACUUGCCGGAGGCUUAGAAAGAGAGUGCGCAGGGGACUACAAUUACGCGGCCAAGUUAUUUAACUCUAAACUCUCAAGCAAGCUUGAUUCUCUGAGUGACUUGGCCGAUAGUAGGAUCGUUUACAUUGACGUUUACAACCCCCUAAUGGAUAUCAUUGUGAACUACAAAAGCUAUGGCUACGAAGUUAUGGACAAAGGCUGCUGUGGCACAGGGAAAUUGGAGGUUGCUGUUCUCUGCAACCGUUUGGAUGCAACUUGUUCCGAUGCUUCCAAAUACGUGUUUUGGGAUAGUUAUCAUCCUACUGAAAAAGUAUACAAACAGCUCGUAGCCCAGAUCCUUCAAAACUAUUUAAGUCGCUUCUUCUGAGUUUCUCAAGAUUCGCCUCACGCCAUAUGCAUGGCAUUAAUUAUAAGUGUGCAAGUGUAUAUCUAUCAUAAGAACGGCCUUCCUUUCCUGCACUCCUAUCAUUUAUUGUUAUUUCUCUUUCUUAAUUUUAUAAAUAAGAGUGCUACAA